CCGAGAUAUAAAACCCAGCAAUGUUCUCCUAGAUGUGAAAGGAAAUGCAAGGCUGGGUGACUUUGGCAUAAGCCGCAGACUAAACAGAGGUGAAAGCACCAAGUGCACUUCAAGAGCUGGUACUCGAGGAUGGGAAGCGGCAGAGAUACUGGAAAACGAAGAUGAAGAGAAGUGCAGAUAUAAAAGAAGCUCUGAUAUACAGGUGGCUGGAAUGUUGGUGCAUUACAUUCUCUCAGAUGGGCAUCAUCCCUUUGGGAGAGGUAAUCGUGUAGAAGUAAACGUUAUGGAUGGGAAGUACUCUCUGUAAAGAAUAACAGAUGUGGAAGCAGAGGAUCUGAUCAAAGGGAUGAUUCCAAAAGAUCCACAACAGAGACUGACGAUUAAAGAGGCCGUACAGCAUCCUUAUUUCUGGGAUGAUGAAAGGAGAGAUACAUUUUUGAACAAAGUUGGAGAUGAGGAAGAUGUCCAGAACAAGCGCAAAAGCGUGAGUGUUAAGCUUCGCAAUGCUGUGGAUAAAUACACAACCUUCUCUGAUUGGAAACCUAAGAUUACCGAAGUUGUUAAACAGGAAGAAGGGGUACGACUUCCUGACAAAAGCUUUAAAGAUGAUUUACUUGGCCUGAUGCGUUAUCUGCGUAACUUACUGGUGCACAAAAAAGACGUUUUUUAUCAGAACAACAGGUUUAAAGAUCUGUUCCAGGACUUCUUUAUUAGCGCACACAAGCUGGCGAAGGAGAUGGGUUGGAGAGGUUGAGGAUAUCAAAUGAGAAGAUGAUCUUACCCUGUUUUUUUAUGAAUUACUGAUAUUCAAUAUGAAACUCAAUUACAAUCAUUUUAGCCACCAUCAAACACUUCACUGUUUAACAUUUUAAAAUAACAAAAUAGAUUUGAAUUGUUUAUUCAUCCAUUUAGUAUUGCUUAUCUAAAAGAUUCUUUUAAGCCAGUACAGAAAGCAAUGGUUCCUGAGGUUAAGCUAAAAGAACCGUACCAGAGCCAGUUUAGGAGGAGUCUGUCCCGUUACAUCAACAAAAUGACUGCAAAACACCAAAGCGCGCUCAUGAGCGAGUCCUCAAUGAAUGGGGGUGAAUGGU